AUUUCAAUGUUGGUUGACAGUAUACUGAUUGACUCUGUUCUAUCUUCAUGUAUGUAUAUCAAUCAGUCUUGUUCAUUUGGUAAGUAGAAAAUGAUGAUAAUGAGCGAUUGUCGCAUAAAUAAAUACAUGCAUAUUUCUGUAUAUUUUGUGACUUCUAGAUGAACCACGUAUGACACGAGCAAAUGCAGUUGACUACUUAUCACUGAAGAACACACGCAAUAAUGAAGUGAAGUAUUAUCUAGAGUUUGUACGUGAAAAAAGCUUAGCAUCCGGCACAAGAGACGAGGAAUCGCUUUCAGCUAGAUUGGAUAACUUGUGUUUAAAAAUUCGACAGAUUGAGAAUUCCAUGAAUGAAGCAUUAAACGAAACGACAAAGUGUCUGUCAUUCAAAAUCAAUCAGCUCAUGAUUAUAACUGUAAUUGUUGUCUCGUUUCACCUGCUUGUCAUCAUUUAUUGGUCAGUGUCAUCUGAGAUUUACUACUUACUGUGUAAUCUUCUCCAGCCUAUCCUUGUAUAUUGUUCUUCUACGUGUAAAUAAAUUAUAAAUGAAUGAAUAAUUAGUAUAAGCAAUUGAUUUUGUGAAUUGUAUUUCAAUGAAUCUGGAGCAAU